AUGUUCGUGGCGCUGUUGGAAUGUCUCCAAUGCUAUUUCAAUGGAGAUCUUGGCGUUUCCCAUGUCCUCGAUUCGACACUGGAGAGUGCGGAGCUGUACUGCAGGGUGGGCGUCCGAACGGAAGAUGGUCGGGUAGUUGGAGUUCGCCGAGUUGACCAGCCGCGUCAAAUUGUUGAUCGCGUUGGUCAAGCGUGCUUUGCAGCCACGGAGCGUAGACAUGAUAGCCGUAUCGUAGAGUGA